AUUAUACAUCCAUGCUCCCGACACAGUCGUCAAUCGCCAUUUUGAGGUGCUCGACCUGCAAACAUCGGCCGAACACCGUUGUUACGCAGCACAGUUGAAUCCAUUUUUGUAUUUUAAUCAUAGUUUUCGCUAAAACAAGGAUCAAUGUCUCGAUUCAACAAUAAUCGUGGCGGAUUCGCGAUGAAUCAUUUCCAGCAACGCAGAGGAGGCGGUGGGCCAGGCGGCCCUAUGAGGGGCGGGAUAAUGGGAAACCCACAUUUCAGGAACCAUCCUUUCCAGAACCAAAAUCAGAACCAAAAUCGGAGGGGAGCCAAUAAUAACUUGAACAGACCUCCCAACCAGGGGCAAAAUACCCCACAGAAGCCGCCACUUAACCAGUCGCUGCCAAUUAUUCCUCCACCAACUCCUGGCCCAGCUCUCACUAUGAAGGGGCCGAUGCAGCAGAUGCAGAAACCGGCACAACUGCCCAUCGCAACACCAGCUAAGCAACCGGAGCCAAAACCGGCAACCCCUGCACCGCAACCGAAGAUUCAGUCACCUCCUCCGAAACCCAACAUCACUUCCCCUCCUCCGAACCAGGCGAACAAGGACCAGAACCAGGAGCUGAAUCCACCGGUAGUAAACACUAAUGGACAGAAGCAGCCUCCGAACCCGAUCUCAAAGCCGGAGCCUGUACAAGGCCCAAAACCCCCCCAACAAACUCAGAGGUCCGGCCCAAACCAAGGCAAUAGCGGCCAGCGAGCAGGCCCUCAUCAAGGCCAGAGGACAGGCCCCUUUCAGGGCCAGAGGACAGGACCCCCGGCAAUGAGGCCCAAACAGGACCAAGUCGUAAGAAUGUGCGGAAACAACGACGGCGCCGAGACCGACGGCAGCCAGGAUACGUCGUUCAAGGCGACCCUCUCCAUGCUGCUGAAGCCUGGCGAGAAGACAUACACGCAGCGGUGUCGCCUGUUCAUUGGAAAUCUCCCCAACGACAUCUCAGAGGAAGAUUUCAAGAAGCUGUUCGCAAAAUAUGGUGAGCCCAGCGAGGUCUUCAUCAACAAAAGCAAAGGCUUUGGAUUCAUCAGACUGGAGUCCCGUGCACUCGCAGAGAUAGCAAAAGCAGAGUUGGAUGACAAGCCGAUGAGAAGCAGACCUCUGCGUGUUCGAUUUGCCACACACUCUGCCGCUUUGUCUGUGAAGAACCUGUCACCAUUUGUUUCAAACGAGCUCCUGGAGGAAGCCUUCUCACAGUUUGGAAUGGUUGAGCGAUCCAUUGUCAUCGUGGAUGAUCGCGGACGCCCCACAGGCAAGGGAAUUGUUGAGUUUGCUUCCAAACCUGCCGCUAGAAAGGCAUUGGAUCGUUGCAACGAGGGUGUCUUCCUUCUCACCACGUCACCACGGCCUGUUGUUGUGGAGCCUCUGGAGCAGUAUGACGAUGAAGAUGGUCUUCCAGAAAAACUGGCACAGAAAAACCCCAGAUAUCAAGCAGAGCGUGAGGAACCUCCUCGUUUUGCUCGUCCUGGUACUUUCGAAUACGAGUACUCCAAGCGCUGGAAGUCCCUGGAUGACAUGGAGAAGCAGCAGAGGCAGCAGGUGGAGAAGAACAUGCGCGAGGCCCGUGACAAGCUGGAGAGCGAGAUGGAGGACGCCUUCCACGAGCACCAGGCCAGCAUGCUCAGACAGGAUCUGCUGAGGCGGCAGGAGGAACUGAGGCGCAUGGAGGAGGUGCACAGUCAGGAGAUGCAGAAGAGGAAGGAUAUGCAGAUCAGACAAGAAGAAGAGCGUCGGCGGCGGGAAGAAGAGAUGAUUCGCAAGAGGGACAUGGAAGAACAGAUGCGUCGCCAGCGUGAGGAGAACUUCAGGAUGGGCAACUUCAUGGAUAGGGACCGGGAAAUGAGAAUGAAUCCUGGCAUGAAUGAUAUGCCAUUUGGUGGAGCCAACCAGAAGUUCCCAUUGGGCUUUGAGGGACAGAAGGGAAUGGGACCAGCUGCAGGAGGCCUGAUGGCCAACGAAAUGCGCAACGAGCGCUUUGCCCAGGGCGGUCCUAGGGGAAUGGGUCCUGGUACCCCCGGGUUCGGCAGGGUCCGGGAGGAGUUUGAUGGUCCUGCUAAGAAACCCCGUUUUUAAAUGCUGCUAUUUGAAGCUUCCAGCAGCAACAUUUGUAUAGAUUCUCCACAACAAACUUGUUGAGUCGCAUUUCUUCUAUUUAAGUUUAAAUUGUUGCUACAUUUUAGCCUGACAAUUUACUCAUUUUAUGACAAAGUCAAUAUUUUCCUUUUUUAUUUUGUAUUGUCAGUAGUAUGGAAAGAUGGAACACCCUCGUGUGAUCAUUAGCUCUUUCAGACACAUGUAUACUUUUCUUUUCUAGAUGUAUUAUGCUCUGUGAGUCGCCGUGAAGUGAUAACUGUAACACUUUUCUCUACCUUCUAUGGCUGUGUUUUGUGCCAUACAUUUGGAGUCAAAGCAUGUAUUAUAAUAAAGAGACAUUGGUUCUGUCCGGCAAACCGUUAACAUUUAUUCUUAAAAGUUGAAACUAAACGUUUAAUAUGUUCAAAAGCAACAAUUUACUAACAAAUAGUUGUUUUUAAUUGACGUGGCUAUUUCUGCCACGGUAGGUCUUAAAGGGUCUAUGUGUUAUAUCUGCCGAAGUCCUAAACCUCAAUCGCUCAGCUCCUCCUGAUGCAUAUGCUGCAAAUUUCCCUUCAGUCUUUUGCUUGUUUUUUAUUCCCAUUAAACUCAAAGAACUAGCUGACACACAUAUAAUUUGCAUUCCUGAUAUGAGUGUUUAUUAGACUUUUAUCAAAUAAGUAUACUAAUCUACCAGUGACAUGUCUUAUUGGUAAAGGGCUUGGACAUUUGGCAUCUGCAAGACUAGACUGCAUCAAUGUCUUUGAACUGUAUAGGAGACACAAUAUUAUUAAUUCAUUUAAAUAUACCACUUUUAAUUUUUUCUCCAUAUACACUGCUUAGUGGCAAUGGAGGUCUCUGCUCUCUGUUUAGCAUGUUCAUUCACUGUUUUUCAGUAACUCUUCUUUCAAGAAAGCAGAAAUACUACACAUAGAUCCUUUAAGAAAGACUUGUUUGAUGGUUGUGGGUAUCCAAGUGGACACUCGUCUUCUUAUAAAUACAAAUGCUUAUAUCAGAUACUCAGUGACUUACAGGAAACAAUUAUGCAUCUUUGGUGCAAUUUUGUAAAGCUAUUGACUACGUUUACAUGCAGUCGAAUACAAUAUUUAAAAAUGUAAGGAUCACCAUGCUCUCCUUUUUAGUUGCAAACAUUUGAUCAAAGUGACUGUUGGCCUCUUCUUGGUAGUAAAUGGGUUGUUUUGAUAAAUCAAAGAGAGCUCAUUACAAUUGAACAAAACUAUCCACAAAGUUGUGCAUUAUGCUUUUAAAUACCCCCAGUCUGUGUUGGUAAUUUUCUUAGUCAAGGCUCAGUUGUCACCAUCAGCGGUGAGACCAAUAUAAUGAUGCACUUCUACUACUGCAUUGUGCAGCUCAACAAUCUUUGGUUUCCAUUAGAAAAACUUGCAUAAUUUUUUGGUAUUCUUCAGGUGAGAUUUCAAGCAAGCUAAACUUGCAAAUUAAUAUGGGAGCUCAAAUGCUGCAGACCAAUGAGAAGGAAAAUGAAAAAAAGCGUAGCUACUGUCAAUAGCGACCCCUAUUUUAUUUGUAUUGACUCGACCAAGAUCACAGAGAAUGACCGCGCACAAUAUAACAUACCUGCAUCUAAACGUAGUCCUAACCAGUUCAGUCAAAUAAUUAUUUUUGGGUACAGUUAUCAACAUCUAUGUUACUAACUCAUUUGUAUGUUGAUACCAUAGAUACAAUAUUUGUUGACAUAAGUACAUGUUGUCAAAUGAAAGAGCUCAGUAAUUAGUAAGACAAUAUUAAAGUUAAAAAAGGCUUCCCCCUUAUUAACAUAAAACAAUGUGACUGACUCUUUUAGAUGCUUGCUUUUAAAUAUAUUUCCAAUAUGAUUCAAAUAUUUUCGAUUUUAAUUAAAUUAGUAUAACACGAGUCAGCAAGACAGCCCGUGUUGUAAAAUAUUGCACUUUAAACUUGUGCAAAAGUAGAAGGUUGCAAAGCAUGUAUUGUCCUGUAAGAAGAUGAGAACGUUUUCCCUAAGCAAGGUCAACUGCAUUGAUGUGGUUUGAACUGCAGUUGAAUACCGGGCCAAUGUUGGCUUCAUCUUCUACUUUAGGUUUCUAACAAGAGAUGGUGAUAUUUCACAUUCUCCAAUUUGGGAAUUCCCUUUUUACAUCUUGUCACUUCGUAAAAGGUCACAAUUCUUUAAUUUUUUUUUAUUUCCUCAAUUCUAUUCAAUGUGUUUAUUCCUACUGCUUCAUAUCAUUAAUUGGGUGACAUUAUCAGGAGCCCAUUUACAGCACCGUUUUGCAUUAAAGGAGACAAAGUGUGUUAGGCUGUAGUUGCAUCAAUGUCAUCUGUUGCAAUAUUGUAGGAUGCAGGACGUUUAAAAAAAAUAAAAUACAAUCUUAUUUA